UGAUUAUCGUAUGUGUACAAAGAACAAUCAUAGUCUUCUUCUCAUGGUUUCUAAAAGAACGGAAAUUAUUUCGUCCAGUGGUUCAUAGAAAGAACUUCACCUAAACAGAUAAACAAAAGGAUUGUGAAGUCAUCGCUUAAUGAUCUCGACAUCGAAACACAUUCAAGAGUAACCAUGUAUGGACGUGGGUCGACUAAGAUUUGCAACUUUGUACAUGUUGAUGAGAUCUGGAAGGACCACGUAAAACUUGAACUAACAGCUCAAAGAAAAUGGCCUGAGAAAUGGGGCUUCCUGUCCAAAACCUACCAGCAGUUAGAAGACGAUCUUCUAACCAUUGGAGAGGACACGACAGAGCAAAAUUUAAAAGAAGCUUCUAAGCCAAAAGAUAAAGAUGUCAGUAUCCCAACGCCGCAGGAAGAUAAGAAGCCUCCUGUGCCCUUUCCUAAGACAGACAGCCAGAUGAUUGGCUGGAGAUUACAUUAUCAAACGCCAAAAUCGAUGAAAUAUAUGAGCAGCUGUGGCAAGAAAGACAUCAUAAAACAGUUAGGAUGGCCUCGUGAGGGCUGUUAAUAAAAAUAAACAAAAAGAGUCCAAAUUGUUGUGUGAUGGAAUUCCAUUAUUUAGUGAAAUAAAAAAAGGU